CACUUCCAGGCCGAUUGUUUCCGGGUCGCCACUGGCCCCGGGGUACAGGUCUCAAACCCCUGCAGCCGGCCGGAGCGGCGAGAGCCCACCGGGGCCCGGCUCCGGCGGCGGCUGCGGCUUCGGCUUCUUCUCGCUUCCGUCGGCCGAGGCGUCCUCGGGGGCAGUGCCGGGAUGAGAGAACGGGAGCCCAGAGAGGCUGAGAAAUUUGCCGAAGUAACCUAGAGAAGCAGACCCAGGACUCACACCCAGGAAGCCUGGCUGCGGAACCUGUUUGUCACCGCCGUGCCAUGUUGCCUGCCCCCGGCCCUGGCCAUACCCCUCAGUGAAUACAGUAUUACUGGCCCUGGUCGGGCAGCGCAGGUCUGUCGCUGGCUCGGGAGGGCUUCUAGCACGUCUCCUUCUCCCCACGUGACCAGGUGAGGCAUUCCUCAUCGUGUCUUCCACUUGUGAGCUCGGCUGUGAAGUGUGCGAUCCGCGCUCAGGAAAGCAGUGCGCCGGUCCAGGCGGGCAGCAUGUUCGCGCUUCUGCCCAUGGCCCGGCGUCUCACCCAGAGGCCGUGGAGGAGAUAAGGUAGCCCCUCGUCCCUGGACCGGAUGGGGAAGCCCAGUUCAAUGGAUACAAAAUACAAGGAUGACUUAUUUCGGAAGUAUGUGCAGUUCCAUGAAGGCAAAGUGGACGCCGCCCCCAGCAAGCAGCGGCCUGGCAAUGAUGAGUACCUGCGGGUGGCCGCGUCCACCUUGCUCAGCCUGCACAAGGUGGACCCCCUGUAUCGAUUCCGGCUGAUCCAGUUCUACGAGGUGGUGGAGAGCUCCCUGCGUGCGCUGAGCUCGUCUAGCCUGCGGGCUUUGCACUGCGCCUUCAGUGUGCUGGAAACGGUGGGCAUCAACCUCUUUCUCUACCCGUGGAAGAAGGAGUUCAGGAGCAUCAAGACCUACACGGGCCCCUUCGUGUACUACGUCAAGUCCACGUUGCUGGAAGAGGACAUCCGGACCAUCCUGAAUUACAUGGGCUACGUGCCUGACUUGGGGACGGCAUACAAGCUCACGGAGCUGGUGGAGAGCCUGCAGGUGAAGAUGGUCUCCUUUGAACUCUUUCUGGCCAAGGUGGAGUGUGAGCAGAUGCUGGAAAUCCACUCACAGGUCAAGGACAAGGGCUACUCCGAGCUGGACGUGGUGAGCGAGCGCAAGAACAGUGCAGAGGACGUGCGGGGCUGCUCGGACGCUCUGCGGCGGCGGGCCGAGGGCCGGGAUCACCUGCCGGCCUCCGUGGCCCGUGUGGCCCUCCAGAAGUCUGCCAGUGAGCGGGCAGCCAAGGAUUACUACAAGCCCCGUGUGACCAAAAUCUCGAGGUCGGUGGACGCCUACGACAGCCACUGGGAGAGCCGGAAGCCGCCCCUGAAGACCUCAUUGAGCCUGCGGAAAGAGCCCGUGGCGACAGAUGUGGGUGACCUCAAGGACGAGAUCAUGCGCCCGUCCCCGUCGCUCCUGGCCAUGUCCAGCUCCCCUCACGGCAGCCCCGAUGACCUUCCAUCCAUCUCCCCCAGCAAUGGCCUUGGCCUGCUGCGCGGCACGUACUUCUCGGCCCAGGAUGACGUGGACCUGUACACGGACUCGGAGCCCAGGGCCGCGUACCGGAGGCAGGACGCCCUGCGGCAGGACGUGUGGCUGCUCAGAAACGAUGCCCACUCCCUCUACAAGCGCUUGGCCCCCGCCAAAGAGUCUGCCCUGUCCAAGUGCCAAAACUGCGGCCUGUCCUGCAGCUCCUCCCUCUGCCAGCGCUGCGACGGCCUGCUCCCCUGUCCCCCCGCCUCCAAGCCCAGCGCCUUCCCCGGCAAGUCCUCCACGCACGACAGCCUGGCCCACGGGCCGUCUCUGAGGGAGAAGUAUGCGGGCCAGACUCAGGGCCUGGACCGGCUGGCGCACUUCCACUCCAAGUCCAAGCCCCCCGCCACAGCCACCUCCCGCUGUGGCUUCUGUAACCGCCCCGGUGCCACCAACACCUGCACCCAGUGUUCAAAAGUUUCCUGCGACGCCUGCCUCAUCGCCUACCAUUAUGACCCCUGCUGCAAAAAGAGUGAGCUGCACAAGUUCAUACCCAACAACCAGCUGAACUACAAGUCCACCCAGUUCUCCCAUCUCGUGUAUAGAUAGACUGGACCCCGCACCUCCCUGCUCCAAGGGCUACACCACUGAUCUUUCUGCUCUCCUGGGGAAGGAGUGUUCACGCGCCGAUCCGGGCAGCGGAGACCUGCACUUGACCAUGUAGGUGCGGGGAUUCGGGUUGGCUGCCCCGUGUGGGAGUUCACUGAGUGACUAACACGUUUCACCCGAUGGCUGCUUUGUCACCUGACAAGGGAGAGGGUGGCAGUUCCGUUCAGAUUCAUCUUUGCUAAUCUCUCCACUCCCUUUCUGUUUUUGAAAAGAGGAUCUCUAUCUCUGGGACUCUCGCCACAUCUACCCCUCCCACUGCAAAGCCAACUUGUACUGGGAAGGGCCCCCCAGGUCCCCUCCAAAUGCCCACCUGGGACGGCGAGCUAGAGGCCUGUUGGCUUGUGAAAUGAGCCCUCCUGCCACACUGGGCCUCUUCCAGUGGCUCAUCCCUUCUGCCAUCCUCCUCGCACACGCAAGGACCCCCCUGCGCACUCUGCCCCGACUCCCCGCCCCAGGUUUCAAAGGGGAACCGAGUCCAGUGUUAGCUGAGUGUCACCCAGUUGCCAUCACAGCUCAGCGGAGCCCAUGCCGUGUGCGAACGUGGCUCCCGCGUGUCGGAGCUUGGACCUUCCACAGCAGGGCUGGCUCCCCCAUUUCUGUCGUUUGCACAUGCCCCUCUUACUGUACUGUAAAUAGAUAUUUUUGAAAUUUAUUUUUAAAUAAAUAUUCAACUUGCUGUGUGUUUCAAAGUGGUUAAAACAUUAAUUAUGUAGCUAUUUAUAAAAAUACCCUGGGUCCUUUAGUCUUCCAAGGGCGGCCCUCAUGCCCUUCCAUGCCGUGCCCUCCACCGCCCCAGCCCGAAGGCAGAGCGGAGCGCGUGGGGCAGAGGAGGAGCAGAGACAGCGCCCCGAGUUGGUGGAGAGCCGCUGUCUUCCCUACGAUAGAUCUCUAUACACCUACCUCCAGUGUGCACUACGGGGGUGAGUGCGGGCCGGGAGGUCUGCGCGCCUGCAGACUGUGACGACCUGCCGCCGGGUCGGGAACCUCACCUGCGUGCGGAUCCGCAGCCUGGCCUUGGCCGCGCGCCGAGUGUGAGCCUGCACUCCGAACUUCUCGCGUCUCUUCAGAAGGAAACUCCUGCGGGAUUCCCGUCACCCCUCCAUCUCAGUCACCUUCUCUUCAACUGUUUAUAGGACUCUGCAACACCCGUGAUCUUUUUGCACUAAAAGUGGGCGGGAGUCGGCGUGCGCCCGUCAGACACGUCUCCCGAGAUUCUCAGCUGAGCCGAAGCGCUUCCAAACCCGGAGGCCCCUAAACUCCUCGUGUGAAUGACUGGCCCCUGGGUUUUCCCGGUGGGGGCCAGAGCAGGAGUGGGGCGAGAGUUUGAAAUAAAACUGCUUCCUUGUGAAAAAAUAAUAUAUUCUAGCCAUAAGUGUUUGCGAUGUACAGAACGGUGUAGGAAUUGACCUGUGUAGGAAUUGACCUGCGGUGGGUUUUCCGGUGGAAGGAGGUGUUCAGCUCUUGAACAAAUUUAAAUCCGGCUGAAUCCUCAGGCCACUGUGAAUUUGCUGGUGUUCUAACUCAGUGGAGCGAUUUUAAGGUUUUUCAGAUCUAUGGCUUUUUUUAUAUAUAUCUAGUAGAUCACACGUAGAUAUUCAAUGUGUAUAUAAAGCCGAAUUUCAGCCAACUUGACUACCAAGACCACCCCAUUCUGGCGCAUUUUUCUUCUCUAUCCCUUUCCACAUUUCCGAAGUGUCAAUGCCUGGCCCACUCCCGAGAGCUCUAGUUUUCUAGUUCUCCAUUUCCAGACCACGCUAGCACUACAGUUACUACUCUUUUAACCAACCGUGAUGCCACGUAACCUACCCAGUGGACGAGAGCAGGAGCGGAAAUGUCCUCGGGGAAGAGGCCAGUGUAUGUACGUGUCGGCCCGGAAAUGCUGGGGUCGCGGGCUGGAGCAGGCAGUGCCCGGACCCUGCUCUCCGUGUGUGUCUUACUGUAUGAGCUUGCUGUGAGCGGGAGAGUGAACUAGAUGCUAAUUUAAACGUGCAGAUGUUUUGCAUUUGAUUUCUAUCAAGAGCUGAAAUGUUGAGAGAUGAUUUAAAGAAAUAAUAAAGUGUCUUCCAUUAUUUAA